AUGGUCUAUCUGUAUUGGAAGUUACUGAGUAAAAGUGACGUAGUAUGCACUAAUGUAGGAAACAUAAACCUCAUGGGUCUCGCCAUGCUUGUUCUACCAGUGCUCUUAGGGUUGUUUUAUGGAGCAAGUGACAUUAAUUGCUCAACAGUUCAUGGUAACACCACAGAUCACCGUUCACUGCUUGAUUUCAAAGGGGCCAUCAGAGCGGACCCAAGAGGAGCCUUGCGCUCUUGGAAUGAGAACAUCCACUACUGUAUGUGGUCGGGCAUCAAGUGCAGCACAAUGCACCCAGAACGUGUUACAGUGCUAAACCUUGCCAACAUGAGCUUGACAGGCCAAAUCACACCCUCUCUAGGAAAUCUAACCUUCCUUUGGGAACUUACACUAUCCAACAAUCUCUUCUCUGGCCAGUUGCCCUCUCUCAAUCGUCUUAUAAGAUUAGAAAGCCUUUACUUACAGAACAACUUGUUGCAGGGGAACAUUCCGAAUGCACUUACAAAUUGUUCCAAACUCCUUUUACUAGACCUCUCUUCUAACAUGCUAGUGGGUUCGAUUCCUGGAAAUAUAGGUUCCCUCUACAAUCUAAAGGGAAUUGACCUUUCCAAUAAUAGCCUCACAGGAAACAUUCCACCAACCUUCGGCAACAACACUUACUUAGAAGAGCUACGACUUACCCACAAUCAACUCAAAGGAAGCAUUCCUGAAGAUCUUGGGAAAUUGCCGAAUAUGGGGAAGAACCGGGCGGUGUUUCUCGGUCAGAAUAGGCUAUCGGGUAGAGUUCCAACAACAUUGUUUAAUCUAUCCAAGCUUAUAAUACUGGACCUAAGUAUGAAUAAGCUAAGGGGCACAUUACCAUACAAUAUCGGUAAUCUAUCUGCCGCGCUUCAAUGGCUAAUUUUGGGUGCAAACAACUUGUCUGGGACAGUGCCACCGAGCAUUGGGGCCCUAAAGAACCUAACAGUUUUAGAUCUUGGAGGAAACAACUUCGUUGGACCAAUACCAUAUUCCGUCGGGAGUCUGCCAAAGUUAUGGAAGCUUGAUCUUUCCAAUAAUCAUUUUGAUAGUUGGUAG